AUGUUUUCAGUUUGUCGCGCCGGAGAAGUCUGGAGCCAAUGUGCGUCCUGUGAACCAACAUGUGCUGAUCCGAAUCCUAGAUGCACCAAAGAAUGCCGCCCUGCUGCCUGUCAAUGUGCCCCCGGCUUGGUCCGUCACCCCAUCACGAGAACAUGUAUAAAACCAGAGAUCUGCAAUGUAACUAUAUGCCCAAUUGGAGAGAUUUGGAACCCAUGUGCAACUUGCGAACCAUCUUGUGCUGAUCCGAACCCUAUUUGCACUAAAGAAUGCCGUCCAGCUGCCUGCCAAUGUGCCCCCGGCUUAGUCCGUCACCCCAUCACGAAAACAUGCAUCAAGCUCGAACAAUGCAAAGCUCCAACUCCCCGAUGCGGGUUCAACGAGGUAUACAAUGAGUGUGGUACCAUGUGCCCACCUCAAUGUGACAUAAUCCGUGGAGUAAUCGUGAAAGCCGAAGUAUGCCCCGCUGCCUGCAACCCUGGAUGUCAGUGUGCGGCUGGCCAUGUCAGAUUCAUCGGAGUUUGCUUAUCAGAAACGAUUUGUAGAAGAUAUUACUAA